AUGCCACCUCCUCUCCUCCUCCUCUUCCUCCUCUUCCUUAUCCCCGUGGGAGUCAGGCCCCAGGAAUCACUGCUGGUGAAGGCAGAAGAGGGAAGCGAUGCUGUGCUGCCGUGCCUCCAGGGUCCCUCAGACAGUCCCCCUGGGCAGCUGGCCUGGUAUCGGGGCUCCAAGUCAUCUCCCUUCUUAGAGCUGACCCUGGGGUUACCAGGCCUGGGCAUCCAGGUGGGACCCUUGGGCAUCGGACUGCUCAUCUUCAACAUCUCAGACCAGAUGGGAGGAUUCUACCUGUGCCAGCCGGGGCCCCCCUCUGAGAAGGCCUGGCAGCCUGGCUGGACAGUCAGCGUGAAAGGCAGCGGGGAGCUGUUCCGGUGGAAUGCCUCAGAACUAAAUGACCCAGGCUGUGUCCUGGGGAACAGGUCCUCAGGGGGCCCCAACCCCUCUUCUGGGCACCCCUCCAGCUCCCAGUUGUAUGUGUGGGAUAAAGACCACCCUGAGAUGUGGGAGACAGAGCCUGAAUGUGCCCUACCUAUGGGCAGUCUGAACCAGAGCCUCAACAACCAAGACCUUACUGUUUCCCCUGGCUCCACACUCUGGCUGUCCUGUGGGGUGCCCCCUGCCUCUGUGGCCAGAGGCCCCCUCUCCUGGACCCAUGUGCAUCCCAAGAAGCCUAACAUCUCAUUGCUGAGCCUAGACCUGAGAGAGGACACCCCGGUCAGAGAGUUGUGGGUCCUGAGGAUCCGCCAGGAAGGGACCCUUCUGGUGCUGCCCCAAGCCACAGCUCAAGAUGCUGGUACUUAUUAUUGUCACCGUGGCAACCUGACCAUGGAGAUACAUGUGAAGGUCACUGCCUGGCCAGCACUAUGGCACUGGCUACUGAAGAUUGGUGGCUGGAAGGUCCCAGUUGUGACUUUGGUUUAUUUGAUCAUCUGCCUGGGUUCCCUGGUGGGCUUUCUUCAGAUUCGAAGAGCCCUGAUCCUGAGGAGGAAAAGAAAGCGAAUGACUGACCCCACGAGGAGGUUCUUCAAAGUGACGCCUCCCCCAGGAAACGGGGCAAAUACCCAGUACGGGAACGUGCUAUCCCUUCCUUCGCCCACCUCCGGCACGGGACGCGCCCAGCGCUGGGCUGCAGGCCUGGGGGGCGCCGCCCCGUCCUACGGAAAAUCGCGCCGCGACGUCCAGGAGCCAGGAACCGCGGAGUCGCGGAGCCCGCGGGGACAGGGCCCAGAGGAAGAAGGCGAGGCCUAUGAAGAGCCGGACAGCGAGGAGGGCUCCGAGUUCUAUGAGAAUGACUCCACCCUUGGGCAGGACCAACUCUCUCAGGAUGGCAGCGGCUAUGAGAACCCCGAGGACGGGCCCUUGGGUCCUGAGGAUGAAGACUCCUUUUCCAACGCUGAGUCUUAUGAGAACGAGGAUGAGGAGCUGCAGCCAGCAGCCAGGACCACUGACUUCCUGAGCCCCCACGGGUCUGCCUGGGAUCCCAGCCGGGAAGCAGUCUCCCUUGGGUCCCAGUCCUAUGAGGACAUGAGAGGGAUGCUGUACGCAGCCCCCCAGCUCCGCUCCCUUCGGGGCCAGCCUGGUCUGAAUCAUGAGGAAGAUGCAGACUCUUACGAGAACAUGGAUAAUCCUGAUGGGCCAGAGCCAGCAUGGGGAGGAGGGGGCCAUGUAGGAACCUGGAGCACCAGGUGACCCACAGCUGACCAGCCUGGGCUUCCUCAGACCCCUGAGAUCAACACCUGACUCCGAAAAUCUGGGGACUCCAAGCAGACGGUGUCAACUUCAGAGCAACGUUGCUCGGGACGCGCGCGCGUGUGUGUGUGUGUGUGUGUGUGUGUGUGUGUGUGUGUGUGUGUGUACAUGCAAGUGAAA